GAUUUCGAUAUUUAGGUCCAGAAUAUGACCGCGUCUAGGCGCAGGCAGUUCGGUGCAUAGCGUGCGAUGCAAACACAUUUAUAAAACGGAUUAGCACGCAGUGUUGCAUGAAAAACUGACUACAUUGGCAAAGAGCAACUAGAAUUGAUGCAAUCGAAAAUGAGAAGGAACAUCAUUUUUCAUUAGCUAACGUGUCUCGGUUGAAACGUUCAGAGUUAUCAUCAUCCUGUGAUAUAUUGACAGUGGUUGCCAUGUGUAAAAGGCAUGUUAUAGUUUUCACUUUUGUGGCUGUAGUGGCGGCCUUCAUUUGUGCAGUUACGGGAAAAAUCGCGCCCGAUUUUAUACACCCCUGCAAUACUACCGAGUCAGCAUGUCUAGUGCAAGCUACCCAAGACGCAAUUCCAGAGUUUUCCCAAGGCCUCCCUGAACUGGGAGUGCCUCCGCUAGAUCCUUUCGUCAUCGAAGAGCUGCCAAUUCAGCUUCCUGGUGUCAAGGUUACGUUCAUAGAUGGCAAAGUCACUGGUCUUAAAAAGUGCCAAGUGCUGAAUGUUGAAGCUUAUUUGGAAAGGAAUGUAUUUAUUCUCGAGAUACGCUGCAACAUCACGAUCAAAGGGAAGUACACAGCAGUGGGGAGGCUGUUGCUGUUCCCGAUAAAUGGAGAAGGAGACUCCAAAAUAAAAAUUGUGAAUUCAGUAAUAAAAUUGAACAUAAAGACAAAGUAUUUCAAGGACGAAGAAGGGCGCGACCACUUCGGCAUAAAGAGUUAUAGAUACUCCUUUGAUUACGGCGACCGAGUUCAUUACACAAUCAACAACUUAUUCAAAGGAAAUCCGGAGCUGAGUAACACAGUACUGCAGUUCUUGAAUGAAAAUUGGAAAAUUGUGACGGAAGAAUUUGGACAACCAGUUGUGGACUAUGCAAUGAACGUGACAAUAGAAACAGCGAAGAAAUUCUUCGAUGCCGUCCCUUAUGACGAAUUACUUCAUGUACCUAUACCUAAGUACUAAUUAUAAUUUUUAAACCUAUUGAAAGGCUGUAUUGGUUUUAUGUUACCAAUGAAGAGAUGUAAUUACAUUUACUUAGUUAUCGUA